UAGUUGUGGCACACGGGCUCAGUAGUUGUGGCUCAUGGGCUCUAGAGUGCAGGCUCAGUGCAAGGGAAUAAUGAACACAAAAUUCAGGGCUCACACAUGGGGAACGGAGUGGGCAGGGACUCUUGGAGCCAGAGAGCAUCAGCGAUGUGACUACCGAUUUAUUUCCAAAGUUGAGGGAUGGGUUCCUGGGUGUAUAUUUCAUUAUUAGGCUUCAAAGCAUAUAUAUUCUUUUGUUUGUGUUAGAUAUUUCAUGAUAUUAAAAAUAGAAGAAAAAAAAAAAACCCCAAGCCGGAGGAUCAGAAUGGAGAUUGGUCCCUCUGAUGGGUUUAAGAGAAAUUCUGAAAGUGCUACCCCAGUUCUGGACAUAAAGCUCAUUCACUGGGAUGCUGGGAUGAGCACAGCAGUCAGAUGCUAGAAGGAACAGAAUUUCAGAGCAGGGAGAGAGGAUGGUCAGUCCUGGGUCUGCCACCUCUGCCUCCGUUUCCUCUUCUCUGAAACGGGAGUCGUGGUACUUGCCUCCCAGGGCUGUGCUGAGGAUUAAAGGAGAGUGGAGAUAAAGCACUGUGUGCAGGGCAGAGGCAUGGAGUUGGUGGCGUGGGAUGAGCCGCGCUCCAGGUGGAGCCGGGGAGCCGAGCCAGAACCACGGCCAGAACAGUGGUAGCGGUUGGACUGACCAUUGCUGCUGCAGGAUUUGCAGGGGCUUACGCUUUGCAAGACAUGAAGCAUACGGAGCCUCAAGUAAAACAAGUUGUUCAAAGUCUACCGAAAUCUGCCUUCAGUGGUGGCUACUACAGAGGUGGGUUUGAACCCAAAAUGACAGAACGGGAAGCAGCGUUAAUACUAGGUGUAAGCCCUACUGCCAAUAAGGGAAACAUAAGAGAUGCUCAUCGACGAAUUAUGCUUUUAAAUCACCCAGACAAGGGAGGAUCUCCUUAUGUAGCAGCCAAAAUCAGUGAAGCUAAAGAUUUACUAGAAGGCCAAGCUAAAAAAUGAAGUAAAUGUAUGAUAAAUGGUAAGUUCUUACUCAUUUAUGUAUAUGAGUACCAGCUUUUUAAAAUAAAAUGCCUCA